AUUCUCCUCAUUCUUUGAAUUUUCGGUCAGGGGCACGCGUUUUCUCUCCAUCAUCUCAGUGUCAAUGUCUGGUUCUGGCAACCCACAACUCUAUAGGCCUCACGAUGUGUUCACUGCUAUGGGUCGUUGCUGGGUAUUGGAAGAUGAGUUUAGCUAUCCAAUCAAUCCAAAUCUGCGAAAUAGUGCUUAUGUUCACAAUACCAUGAGACAGGAGUGGGAUUGGUUAUUUUGUGAACAACAAAUGUUUUAUGAUGAGUUGACUGGUUUUAAGUUGCCAGUGCCUCGGCGACUCGCAUCGCAGAUGCCUAAAGACACGAUUGACGAACUUCGUAAAGCAUUGAACCGCAUAAGAGAAGAAAAUAAUCGAAUGAAGAUACGUCUUAAUCGAUAUCGGACCCAAGUCGAGAUUCGAGAGUCAGUGGAGGGAGGGUGGUACGAGCACGCACAAUUCAUGCAAUCACUUCUUGCUGAUCCCAUUUAUCAGUCAGACGUGGAGAUGUCAGAUGAAGACUAAUCGUGUCGUGGUGUAAUUAGACUUUGUUAUUUAACUAUUUUUGUUAACUAUGUUUUAAAUGUAUGUGGGUCACUGUUGUU